AUGAUUUUUUUGAUUGACAGCAAAUCCAUAUUAGAUUGCAGAACUUACAGUAUAAUAAGACCACAUUAAUUUGAUGUCGUUGCCAUUUUAGAGUAUUAUAAAUAACAAUUACAAUCAGCAGAAUUUAAAGAAGAAUCAAAACCAAUCUUAUUUGAUAAACUAAAGACUUUAGCUAAUGUCCUAUUUAAUUCAAAUAAAUCUCAAAUUUUAAGAUUAUUAUAAGUCUUCACAUAAAACUCCUCUGAAAAUUAGUAGCUUUUUUAAACAUUUCAGACUAGCACUUGUUCAUAAUGGUUUAUCGAAUAACUUUAUAUUGAUUUAGUUCUAAUAAUUUUUCAACAAUAUCUAUUAAAUGACUAGUAAUUCAUUGGAGUAUUGUUAAAAAAGAUUAUGAAUUUAUAUGAAUUGAACCUCUAAGUUCAGAGUGGAUAGUAUAAAAGUCCACGAUUUUAAGAACAUCAUUAAUCAAAUAUGAAUAAGAGAACUUAAGGAAAAAACGGAAAAGAUUAAAUAAUUGAUUAAUUCAAAGUUUAAAUAGACGAUUGCAUUCGAGAAAAUAAUUAUAUGUAAGUUCUAAAUGAUGUUCAAUAUGAGACAUAAUAUGUAGAAACAAAUACUCAUCCUACUAAAACUACUUAAAAAAAACAAUCUAAAAAAUAAAAUCAAGGGAAACAAAAAAAGUAAAAUUUGAAUUAAGAACCAAAUUUAAUUUAAUCUAAUCCUGCAUGCUUUAAUCAACAAGGAUAAGGCAGUUCUGGUUUAGAAAUUUAGAAAUAAUAAAAUUAAAUUAACGACUUAAUAUGCAACAUCAUCAGUAAAAAGUCUAUUGAUUCUGAAAAUUUAACAGAAGAAUAUCCUUAGUAAAAAGAGUAAAAAAAAAAAUAAGAUACCUCAUUAACUUAAGAAGACCCUAAAAAAAAAGAAGAAAUAAACUAAGUUAAAAAUGAUGUCAAAAAGGAAAUUUAAGACUAAAACAACAAUUUGGAUAUAAAUACUAUGCAAAUUUACUAGUUACCUGAAAAUGAAUAAGAAAAUAUAGUCAUACAAUAAUAUACAACUUUGGAAGGGGUGUAUGAAUUAUUGGAAGAUUAGUAUUCUUUUGAUAUUUGGUGGCCAGUAUUUAAGGCUUAAUGUGUUUAAUGUAAAAAUAAAGAUGAGUUCUUUAAGGUUCUAUAGUAAAAAGCCCCAAUUUUGAUGGAAAAAUGGUCUAAAACAACAGAAAAUUCAGAUAGUGAAAUAAUUGAGAGGUUUGAAGAAAUUGAUUUAAAAAAAUAAGAUAAUGAAUAAUAAAAUGAUUGUUUAAUAUUAAAGGAAUAAGAUAGAAAUAACAUUCUAGAAAAAUCAGCAAAUCUUGAAAAUAAUAAUAAAAAUAUUUGUACCAAUAUUGUUAGUCAACAACAUGAGAAUAUUGAUAAAUUAAAGAUUAAUUAACAAAUAUAAAGUUAAGGAAAUCAAACAGAAUCAAAUCAUUUAUAGAGUAGUCAAUAAUUUAUUAAUCAAGAAUUUAUUUAAGAAAAUCGAUUUAGCUAAGAUUUUAGUGAUGGUGGAUUAUUUAAUCUUAAUUAAUAAUAGAACUUUGAAAAUCAAAAUUUUUCAGAUUUAUUUGUUCUAUCUCCCUCAAAGAAAUCUUCUGCAAAUUAUUGCAGCGAUGAAGAAAACUUUGUACUUAAUAAGGGAAAUGAAGAAGAGAAUAAUUCAAAUUUAAGUUAAUCUGAUAGUGUUAUUUUAGAUGAAAAGCAAACAAAAAAGAGUUUAAUUACAAAUUUAGAAUAAUUUUAUAAAUCAAAACUUGUUGAAAAUCAACCAUAACAUAUUUUUCCAGAACUUGAAUAUAUGGGUGACACAUAGAAGAUGGUUGAGAAACUGUUAUCAUAUUUAGAUUUAGAAAAUCUUGAUAUUUAAAUAGAAGACUUUUUAGCUUAACCACCCAUAAGCCCAUCAAAAAAUUUACAAGAAUUUGUUUUAGCAACUUAUAAUAUAAUCAAACACAUUACCAUACAUAAAUAUUCCACAAUAAUUGAAGUGAAAUAAGUUGAAAAAGAAUACUUGGGAUCAGUAAUAAUAUGUUAAGUCAACAAUAACAAUAAGGAGAUAAAGAAAUACAAAGGACCAUGUUUAGAUAUAGUAAAUAUAAUAACAAGAUUGAUAGCAAUUAAGAAACUUAACAAUAAAUUCUUUAGCGAAGGUCUAGAAUCCACAAGUUUAUUCUAAAGCGUUAUGUCGAUAAUAAAAAGAUUAGUCCCAGGUAAAGGUGUUUUUAAAGAAAUAAAAGAAAAAUAUAAGAAAAUAAAGAGUCCUCAUGAUAAACAUUUAGAUAAGAUAGUUCUUAUUAAAGCUCAAAAAUCAAUUCCAUUAGUGUCUACAAAUUAGUAAAACUCUUAACCAGAUAAGUCAGAAAAUAAAAAAUAUGAUUUAAAUAAAUAACCUGCUGCAAAGAGAAGAAAUUAUGAUAAAAGAGGUUAAAGAGAUGGUUAAUUGUAAAACAGAAAUACAGAAACAAACUUUGUCAAAAAUAAAAAAGCUAAAUACAAUCAGACUUAAAAUUAGAAUGAAUCAAAUACAAUAUUUUAACAACAUUAAAACAAUUAUGAGAAACAAGAUUAUUCCUUUGAUUAAUCACCAUAUUCUUAUAAUCAAUAAAACUAAUCAUAAUAUUAAAGUUAUCUAUAAAAUUAAUAUUAAUAACCAUCCUUAUAAAAGAAAAGUUAUAAUUAUCAGAAUCAACUUUGUUAAUAAGGUUAUUAAGGCACAUCGAAAAAUCAGCAAUAAGAAUAUAAUUUUUACUAAUAAUCAGCUUAGAAUUAGUAUGCCUACAAUACGCCCUACCAUCCCAACCAUUUACAAUAAUUCUAAUAUUAGGCUCAAUAUUAAUAUGAUAAUUAAAAUGAUAUGCACAUGCAAGCAUAUCCUUAUUUUCUUAAAAAGUCUUAAACUAUGUAAAAAGGAAAUUUUAAAUUAGAAAAACAAUCUAGGCAAUAGUUGCAAACUUAAUAAAGUUAUUCACAUAACCGAUAGAGUAAUUAAUACGAAUAAUUUCAUUAAAAUCAAUAAAUGACUUAAUCAUAUGAGGGUUAUGCAAAAUAGAAAUAACGAAGAUAUGAUUAUCAGCAUUAAAGUGCGUCACAAAGUCCUGUUUAUCAAAAUCAAGGACAAUUUAAUUAAGAAAAUUAAUAUUUAAAUCAGCCCUCCUAUUAUUAAAUGCAACCUUAAAAUAACUAACGACCAAUAGAUUGUUAGAUUAUAUAAAAAAUGGUAACCAAACUUAUGGGAGAUAGAAUGCAUUGA